UUGCUGAUAAUGCUGAUAGUAUGGGGUAGAGUUGCAUGGAUGUCUUCUCCUGAGGCCGAUACUGCGACGACUAAUAAAUACUAAUAAUGAUAGUAGAUGAUAAUAAGCUUGAUUGAGUACUCUUAUUAGUCUCAUUCUAUUUCAUUUCGGUCCGUUCCUAUUUUGUUCCUGUUUUCUGCAGUGGUCGUUGGUUCAGGAAUCGCUCUCCUAUCACCAGCACUACUACUAUGUGAGAUAGUCCUGGGCUCCAGGACAAGUGUCUAUCUUCUUGAAGAAGCCUCAAUUCAAUACGGGCUUAGCCAGUCGACCAUGAAACUGCCCGCGAUGAAGCUACCGUCUCUGCGCGUGUCGCAGCCCAAAUCCGCCUUCGCUGAAGGGAAUCCGCGGUGGACGAAUCUCGAUCUCGAUCCGAUUCCGCCUCAUCAGCGUAAAUGGGGACCGAUUAGUUUCAUUUGUAUGUCUGAUGGACCGUUUCUCUAUGUAUGGAAGAGGGGGUUAACGUAUAUGCUAACAUUAAACCAGCGUACUGGAUCUCGGACGCGUUCAACAUGGCAACAUGGCAGUUCGCGAGUAGCAUUAUCGCCGUCGGGUUCUCAUACCGUGAGUCCCUGGGUAUCGUGGCGUUGUCAUUCUUCAUCAUCUCGUGGGUAAUUUCAGGGAACGGUGCCGUGGGUGCCAUAUACCAUGUUCCAUUCCCUGUGAUAGCGCGGGUUUCAUGGGGAUUCUGGGGCUCGUACAUCCCAAUUCUAUCGCGGGUUAUCCUGGCCGUGUUCUGGUUCGCAAUCCAGAAUGUCAACGGCGGCAAUGCGGUGCGUGUCAUGAUAGGAGCCAUCUGGCCGAGUUUUCUGCGCUUGCACAACGACAUCCCCGAGUCUCAGGGCAUCACGACGAACGGGAUGGUAGCGUACUUCCUGUUCUGGCUGAUUCAGUUCCCCUUUCUCUGCAUGAGUCCUAACCAGCUCCGGUGGCUGUUCAUGGCCAAGUCGAUCCUCGUGCCGAUUGCGUGGAUCGCAGUGCUCAUAUGGGCCUUCGUCGCGGAGUCUGGUGGCGGGAAGAUCUUCGAUCAGCAUUCCAGCGUCACGGGCAGUGCGUAUAGCUGGCUGUGGUUGGCGAAUAUGACCUCCGUCCUGGGCAAUUAUGCGACCCUCUCCAUCAACCAGUCUGAUUUCUCACGGUACUCGCGCGUCUCCGUGCGGUGGCAGCUGCUGUACGUGCCUAUGUUGCCGGCCGUGUUCACUUUCGUGGCCUUCAUCGGUAUCGCGGCUUCAUCGGCGGGAGCAGCCCGUUACAGCGGCGAGAUACCAUGGGACCCGACGGUCCUGAUCAGCCACUGGUCCAGUCGAGCGUGUCGGUUCUUCGUGGCGAGCUCGUUCGCGCUGGCAUCGCUGGGCGUCAAUAUCUCAGCAAACUCCAUCUCAGCCGCCAACGACCUCACCGCGCUGGGACCGCAGUAUAUCAACAUCCGGCGAGGCCAGCUCCUCUGCGCAUUCCUCUCGUGGUGUCUUGUUCCGUGGAAGAUCCUCGAGUCGGCAGGGAGCUUCCUGAACUUCAUGUCGGCGUACGCCAUCUUCCUGGGCCCCAUCGCAGCUAUCAUGCUCUGGGACUACUGGGUCAUCAACCGUCGCAAAUAUGACACGCUCGCCAUGUACCAGCCGCACAAUAUAUACUGGUACACGUACGGGGUGAACUGGCGCGCCGUCGUGGCGUUCCUGGUCGGCGUAGUGCCGAACCUGCCCGGUUUCAUUAACACGGUGAACUCGCACAUCCACGUCGGUGUCGGUAUGCACCCGUUCCAGUUCGGCUGGAUGCUGGGCUUUGUGGGGACGAGUCUCGUCUACGUAGGCUUAUCGUUGAUUUGGCCCGCCAUGGAGACGAAGCUGGAGAGAGCCGUCUUGCCGGAUGAGAUAUACGGGAUGCGGGAUGCGGUGGUUGAGGGCGUCGAAGCCCGUGCCGAUUCUGACGAAGCUGAGGGUGCGGGUGAGAAGUUCAGUCAUUCUAGAGAAAUGGUCGUUGAGAAGGACGGACGGACUGCUUUAUCGAGGUUUGUCAAGGGGAUUGAUCGAUUUGUGUAGUUGUACUCUGUACUUUGCCUUUUUGUACAAUCUGUGUUUGCUCAUUGAGUCUGAGCUGUCUAGCAUUAACGAUGUCGACGAAUUCAAUUCACCCACCUUAUUUCCAGGAAUAAGAAUAACUCGCUGUAUCUAUCUCACCAGACACCACGCACUCUGAUACGUAUUAUUCACUGCACUCAACAAGCCACAGACAUGCGCGACAACCGACCCUGCCACGAAAACAUGCCAGAUAGUAUGUGAAUGCAUCCAGAUAUCGAACCUGCCUGGAAAAAGGC